GUCAUGAUCAAUAUGUCCACGUGACCUGUCGUCAGUCCUGUCUAUAUUCGACUCAUAGGUCGCGUAGGUAAUUGCAAAUGCAAAAUGUGGAAAAGUUUGUGUUGUUCUAAAAUAUUAUUUUGUGGUUAGAUUUAUAUUAUGUUUAUACAAUGCCUGCAUCAAUUGGCGUCAAUUUACGUGUCACUGGCCACUGCAGCCAAGGCGGUAGAAAGUAUAUGGAAGACUUGUUUUCCGUUGCGUAUCAACAAACUGAGGAUGAGCGGGAUUUGGAGUAUGCCUUUUUCGGAAUUUAUGAUGGCCACGGCGGAGGCGAAGCGGCGGCCUUCGCGAAGGAGCAUCUCAUGGACUCUAUUGUGAAGCAAAGGCAGUUUUGGUCUGACAAUGACGAGGAUGUACUCAAAGCAAUUAGAAAUGGUUACAUGUUGACCCACUUGAACAUGUGGAAAGAAGUAGAGAAAUGGCCAAAAACAGUAACAGGGUUGCCGAGCACUGCGGGUACUACCGCUAGUGUUGCUUUUAUAAGGCGAGGCAAAAUAUACAUUGGCCAUGUUGGAGACUCGGCCAUAGUUCUGGGUUACCAAAAGGAUGAUUCUGAGGAAUGGGCUGCGAAACCUUUAACAUCUGACCACAAACCAGAAUCAACAGCAGAAAUAGAUCGCAUCCAGAGAUGCGGUGGUAAAGUCAUAUCUAAAGCUGGAGUGCCUCGAGUGGUGUGGAACCGACCUCGGCCGGGGCACAAGGGGCCGAUUAAGAAGAAUACUCCAAUGGAUGAGAUACCCUUCUUGGCGGUGGCGCGAUCGCUCGGAGACCUGUGGAGUUACAACCCCCAGAAUGAUGAGUUUAUUGUUAGCCCUGACCCUGAUGUUGGUGUGUUGACUAUUGACCCUACCAAGUUUAGGUGCCUCAUAUUUGGCACAGACGGUCUAUGGAACAUGAUAUCUCCGGAGGGUGCAGUCAGUCUAGUGCAGGCCACCGAGAAGCACAACGAGGCGGCCCUCGUGGGCGGCGCCGCCAACCAGCCGCGCGACUGGCUCAACCCCUCCAAGAGUCUCGUCGACCACGCUCUGGAGAGAUGGUCUAAUACCCGAAUGAGAGCCGACAAUACCUCCGUCGUCACGUUAAUGCUAGACCCCCCCGGACCCCCGCGGGCGACCGUGCUGCGCUCCCGGACCUCGCAGAAGCCGCAGACCGCCGUCGCCGCCGCGUCCAGCGCCAGCACCGCGCCGGUCGCGCCCGACCCCGUCGGUCGCGUCGACGAGCCCAAACCCGACGCGGCCGACGCCGACGCGACCCGGCAGCUGCCGCAGAACGGCCUCACCAUCAUGACGCGGUACUCGGACGUCGACAAGGCGCCCGCCGCCGACGACGCCGCCCGCGAGCCGCUGCCACCCCUGCCGCCCCUGCCGCCCUGCGCCACGCUUGACGGCCGCUUCUCUGUCGCGCCGCGUGACGCGCCGCCCGACGACCCCGGCCCCGACGACGCCGAGGCCUUCAGCAAUUACGGCAACCCCGCCGAGUCCUACUUCAUGGCGCGCCUGCUCAACCGCACGCGCCUCGUCAACUCGCUCGGCGACGUGCACGACGAGCUCAGCCACGCCGCGCCCGCGCCACCGCCCGCCGCCGCGCCCGCGCCGCCCGCCACCGACCUGCCCGAGCCCGACGACGCGCCCGCCGCGACCGAUGUCGCGCCCGCCUCUCCCCCCGCGCCUGACGCCGACGGCGGUAUCCAGAUCAACGAGGUCUCCUCUAGCUCACCCACCGACGCGCCGCCGCGCCGUGCCCGGCGCUUGCGCGGCGAGCCGCGCGCCGCGCCUGCCGCCGCGCCGCACGACCGCGUGCUGCGCUCCCACCACGAGCCCGAGCGGCCGCGCACGCGCCUCACCGCCACGCGCGCACGCCCGGAACCCGCGCCCGCGCCCGCGCCGCUCGAGCGCGUCGUCGUGCUGUCGCGCCGCGCGCCGCCCGCCCCCGCCGUGCCGCGCCGCCUUGCUCCCGAUCCCGUUCCUGACGGCGGCGGCGACGACGCGCGCCGCGCCACGCGCUCGCAGGGCGCGCGGGCGGGAAACUCGGGGCGCGCCCCGGGGCCGGCGCGGCGGGCCCCGGCGGCGCGGCGGGAGGCGGCGCGGGCCCGCUCCAAGGAGAACCUCGGGCGCCGCGGCCGCGCCUGCGUCGCGCGCGCCUCGCCCUCGCCGCCCUCGCGCCCGCCGCGCACGCGCCGCGCCGGUAGCGAGCCCGAGGUGCACUCCACGACGGGCGAGGCGCCGGCCGCGCGCGCGCUGCGCUCGCGCAACGAGCCUGCGGCGCCGACCGAGGCGCGCGCCGGCAAGAGGCCGCGGGCGCCGGACGCGCCGCCCGCCGCCAAGGUGGCGCGGCUCGGCAAGCGCGCGUCGGGCCCGUGGGCGCCGGCGCUGGCGCUGCGCAGCCGGCUGCGGCGGCGGCUGGCGAAGUAGGGAAGUUACCUGUGGAGUCAACGGUGCCUUGUAGUACUGCCGAGCGCUCCGAGCGAGGCUCGCGGGAGAUCCAAAGAUGACUGCGUCGUAUACGGUUACAUUUCUGUUGUUAUUUUUGUUAAUUUUAUCGCUAGACCCGCGGAUAGGGCGUAGUUUUCGUUUCGUUUCGCGGUUUCCGCGGUCGACGUCUUGUUUUCCUUUCUCGGUUCGUCGAAGCGGCCGGCCACGAUAGUACAAACGAGUAGUUGCAUAGUUAACUAGUGAAAUGAAAGCGCGGACCAGGCGGAUGAUAUUUGCCCAAAUAUUUAUUUUGUCUAUAUUUAUAACAUCUGUCACUCAAUGCAUUUAAUUAUAGGGGAAUGUGAAAUAUGAAAAUUUGAUUUUCAUAGAGGUCUUGUUGAAACAGAGGCUACAUAGGAAAAUCACAAAUGGAUACAUUUAUUCGAGUUGGUUAGCCAAAAUAUAAAUACUAUAGAAUACCAAGAGUGCUUUUCUUAAAAAAAAUAAGUAAAGAUAAGAAUAGAAGAUAUAUUCAUAUAUGCAAAAUAUUUUUGUACAGUUGCCACUAAAGUAGUAGUGUAAAUUAUUCACAAAAAGUAUUUUGUGUAUGCAAACUUAAUUUUAAGAAUCAGAAGUUAUUCUUUUAAGAAAGGAAUUAUUUUUAUGUACUUCCUAAUUAAGUUUGAUAUUUCCAAGCAGACCUUGUUACGUCAAUUAAGUCUAAAUCAAUUUAUCGCUUGUUUAAAAAAAAUGUAAGGGCAGAAACGUACUUUUACCACGCAUCGCAGCUUGAUUUAAUCUUUUCAUAAUAAUUACAUUUUAAUUAUUAUUUAUCUAAUAACUAAUAAUUACACUCAGUGGCAUGCAGGUCAUAGUAUAGCAGCAUAAAAACACCGCUUGCCCUGAUUGAAAUCAUUUUCUAUGACGUCCUGCCAGUAAAUAGGUAAUUAUAUAACUUAUGCCUGCCCUGUCUUCGAAUCCUAUGCACAACUCUGAUUACAGGACAAUCUCCCGAUAGCCUAGCGUUUUGAAAGUAUCUUUCUUUCUUCUCUCUGGGCUGGUUUCCGCACUUAAACGUUUCCGUGUUGAAAGUAUGUUUCCUGCUUAAAAUCUGUUAUUGUAACAUCAGUCUUAAGUAUGUUUGCAGCAACAAAAACUCUUGGUGCUUAUUCUCUCAGACAUCAUCCUUAUAUAUUUUAUCUGUGACAUUACCAUUUCUUUUCUAUGUUAUAUUCAAAGAAUCUUACGAAUAAAAACUUACACACAGUUUAUAAAAUAUCAGAGCCUCGAUAGCUCAACGGUUGAGGAGCGGACUGACUUCCGAAAGGUCGGCGGUUCAAACCUCGCCUGUUGCACUAUUGUCGUACCCACUCCUGGCACAAGCUUUACGCUUAAUUAGAGGGGAAAGGGGAGUAUUAGUCAUGAUAAGCAUGGCUAAUAUUCUUUUUAAAAAAUAAAUUUAAAAAAAUAGUCUAAGAUUCUGUCACUCAUAGAUAUGUGAAGUUUGAUAUGUGUAAAAGAGCUUCAAUAGCUUUAAGUUCGAUAAGUGUAAUCUUUCUGCCGGGUAUUAUAAAUGUGCACUACACAAUGUGCCCAGUCAUAAACUGCACAAACAAAAGGACGUGAAACUAGAUUCAAAAUCAUUAGCAAAAAUAAUAAUUUAAAAAAUCGGAAAAAUUUAUAUGUGUAACGCGAAUUGGAACGUCGUCGCCGCUCUCGUUCUGACAGGUCUAUGGCCGUCAACAACUAUUUAUGGCUAAGUUAACAAUCAACUUACAUUUUUUCCUAAUUUUUGAGUAUCGGUCUAUGUGUGUCUGGUCGCUCUUUACAAAGGUGUUUGAAAGGCGCGUUUUUUUUUAUUCACUUUAUGCAUGAGCACCUCAUAAACUAUCAAGGCUAUUGUGAAAUAAACACAAGAAUAAUCGUAAAUAUAACAUGUAAUGAAUUUUUUUUUAAAUUGGUUUUUACUUUUCCAUUUUCCAUUUGAGCAUAGUUCCACGUCCUUUCGUUUGUGCAUUGUAUGUCUGGGCAUAUUGUAUAAGCAGUGUGUAUCUUUUCAUCAGUAAGAGCCAAAAUAAUGAUUGUGAUCACGGAACCAUUGAGUUAUCGCAAAGACCAAAAGGCGGUUCGUGAACUGCAACUUUGUUGAGUAAUUAAUUUUAAUAUAAAAACAAAAUGUUAUCAAAAAUGAUAUCAAAUAUAUUUAAGUGAGAAGUGAAAUUUCUUACUGUUAAUAAUGUCCAAGGUUGUACAUACAUUGUACGUAUAUACGUAGGAGAAAUAAAUAAUAUUAUGAUGUAAUAUAAAUGUGCCUCAUACGUUACCGAGUAAACAAAAAAGAUGGGUGAAAAAGUGUUCUUUGAUAAAAUGAGUUUAUGUAUUUUUUAUUGAGAAUAAAUUUUAUGACGUGUAAUUUAGCUGUAAAAGAUGAUAUAAUAUAAUUUGUUAAGAUAUAUAUGUUAAGGGCUCUAGUGAAUUUCACACAACGCCACUCUUAAGGUGUAUGGGAGUCGUUCAUUUAAAAAUUUUGUUAAUGCCGAUCGCAGACGACCGAAAAAUUCACAAAAAUAGAUUCAUAGAAUACUUAAUAGUUUCUCACAGGUAAAGAAGGCUCCUUCCAAUAAGAAGUUUAAAUAAAUAGCGACUCUUGUCACGACGCAAUAAGUGCUAUUCAGCUCGCACAGUGCUGCGGUUUAAAAUUUAACAAAACAUCUCUUUCUAUGGCGUAAACUGACUGAUCUCACUUUCUUUCAUGAUAGUAUAAAAAUAGACCCAUAGAAUACUUUAUAGUAUCUUAUUGGUAAAGAAGGCUCCCUCCAAUAAGAUGUUUAAAUAAAUAGCGACUCUUGUUACGACGCAAUAAGUGCAAUUCAGCUCGUACAGUACAGCGGUCAGAGCCCAGCCUGACUUAUAAUUUAAUGCCAACGUCCUACUAAAAAUGCUCCUACGAAAAUAAGAGUAAGUUUAACCAACACGUCGAUCCGAACAGAUUUGAUGGAGAGAAUGUUGGGAUAUACGGAGUGAAUACGCGCCAACCUAAGUCCAUUUUCACUAUGUAAAAAAAAAAGAUUCCGACGAAUUGAGAACCUCCUCCUUUUUUGGAAGUCGGAUAAAAACGGCCGUUGUCAUUACUUAAUAGACGGUUUAAAAAAGCAAAUUGGUCAUGAAACCUCGGAGAAAUCGGUGUUACUACAUACAUAUAAAUCAACGCACUGGUAUGAAAAACCCCCCUUUUGGAAAUCGGUUAAAAAAACGGUCGUCUGCGUUUAAGCCAUACAAAAAUAUAAUUGUAAAAUAAAUGCAUGAAUUGCGAAUUGAAUACUAAUAUUUUAAAUUAACAAAGGUUUAAUUAAAAAUUGUAUAAAUAUACUUAAUUUUUGGAGAGUUUUUUUAUUAUAGCAAAAUUUAAAAAAGUAUUUAAUUUAUUGUUAACAUAUCUUACCUUUCAAGAAUAAUAUUUAAAAAAAAAUUGUGUUCAGUGGACGUGGUUACGUAUCAAAUUGUUGUAUCAAUUAUAUUAUCUUUAAAUACACGUAUUGAAAGAUUCCCAUACCAUUAUUAUUAUAAAAGACCCAGUUUUUUUGUUCAGCAAUAGAAAUUGUGACGGAAAUUUUAUGUUAUUAUAAUGCCCGGUUCACAUCAUUCCAGUAAGCUAAAUCCAGUGCUGGACUGGAAUGGAUGCCCUCGGUUUAUCAUUCCAGUCAUUAAAUUAUAAUAUUUUAUGGAGUCCUAGCUGAUACUCGCGUCUACGUCCGCGUGGAUUUACGGUAAUUAAGAUCCCGUAGGCUCUCUUUGAAUUUCCGGGGGGAAAAGUAACCUAUGACAUUCUCUAAGUUUUUAACUAUAUGCAUGAAAAAAUCACACCCGUCGUCGCUGCGUUGCGGCGCUUUUGAAGAACUAAGCAGUAAACAAACACACUUUCACAUUUCUAAUAUCGGUAGUGAUAAGUUGCAAAAAACGAUUGGAUAUCGGAUGAUUCCAACGCUGAAUUAACGACUGGAUUGUUCAUUGGAUUGCUAUACUACUGGAAAUACUGUUAUUCCAAUCCAGUAACUUGAUUAAGUGCUGGACUGGAUUGACGGCGUAUAAAAAGACUCAAUUGUGGACCGUUACUGAAAAUUUUAUCAAGCGGUUUCCAUUAUUCCAGUAGCAAUCCAAUUAUUCCAGUAGCAAUACGUCAUUCAGUGCUUGACUGGAAUCAUAUAAACCAAAUUUACCCAUUCAGGACUGGAUUCAGAUUACUGGACUGGAAAGGCACUGGUAUAAUGUGAACCGGUUGACUAGCAGUUGCUGGAUAUUAUAUAAGAAGGAAUGUGAUGAAGAAUAUUAUGGUGGUUACGUCUCUAAGGGUAACUGUAGGAAAGGAAAAUGGGUGAAGCUGCAACAAAUUUACAACUAUCUAUUAACUAUUACUAUUAAAGUAAAGAAUUAUUGUAGACUUUAUUUUUUGAUUUAAAUAAAGUUUGUAUGAAAAUAA